GCCCUUACUCGCUCGUUGUUUUGCGACUCUUCGAAAUUGGCCCCUUUCCUUUCUUUGUAUAGAUUUACAUUCACCGUUGCCAUCUUCGCCACUUCAAAACCUCGCAAGCCUUUUCCGACCGCUUCCGAACGCAACAACGAACGAGCAGGCGUGCGUACGUACGCGGAUGGGGUUGUGAGGAUCGAGCCUUAUCCCGCCACGGGAUCCUUUUUUGAACAUGCACUUCUCCCUUACUACUGUCGUUGCGUUUUUAUGCACCCUAGCACGCGAUUCCGAGGCUCACUCGGUAAAACGAAAUCCUCUGAGCUACAUUUCUGUAGUGGACAGGCCAACCCUUCACACGCCGUCGAAUCGAGUCCAUGCACACUCUUCAUUUGCUAUAAGCUUUCUUCUGCACAACGAGCAAGAUAGGAUACGCAUUGAGCUGGAACCAAAUCACGAUGUUCUGUCAGAUGAGGCGACGAUACAUUAUCUUGGCCCUGAUGGCACGAUAACCCACGAGGAAAAGAUAGAAAGAAAAGAUCACAGGAUAUAUAGAGGACAUGCGUUUGUCCAACACCCUCACCACUCGGAAUGGCUCAAUGCCGGCUGGGCCAGGAUAGCAGUCCUCCGAGAUGGACCGCAUCCUCUGUUCGAGGGGACAUUCAGGGUCAAUGGAAAUUAUCAUCACAUCCAGCGAGCUUCGACGUAUAGACAGACACGCCUGGCUGAGGAUCCUGAAGCCCACCACGCGGAUGAUGAUUACAUGAUAGUCUGGAGAGACACCGAUAUCACGGGGGAUUAUUUUGGCUCUGGUCAAGAGCUCAAGCGUGACCUCGCUGAGAAUGCCUCUGUCUGUUCUUCCGACUUGCUUGAUUUCAAUAAUCAGCUCGACCAUCCAGUGAAUUUGGGCAUAGAUCUGCGCGACCUAAUGUCGACAGACACGAACUUACUCCUUAGCCGGCAGAAUGACCAAAUUGGCGGUGGUGGUGCCAGUGCCAAUCUUGCCACCACCAUUGGGUCGACUCAAGGUUGUCCCACUUCUCGGAAGGUCGCUUUGAUCGGUAUCGCAACCGACUGUACAUACACGGCCCAGUUCGAAACUAAGGCCAACGUGACCCAAAAUGUUAUCAGUAUGGUAAAUAUGGCUUCAGCAGUGUACGAAGCCACGUUCAAUAUCAGCCUGGGCAUUCGAAAUUUGACCAUCAGUGAGAAGGAAUGUCCGGGGACACCCCCAGACGGAUCACAGUGGAAUCAAGACUGCAGUCCGAGUGUUACUAUCAACAAUCGUUUGGACCUUUUCUCCAAAUGGCGAGGCCAAUUCCAAGAUGGCAAUGCCUAUUGGACUUUAUUGAGCACUUGUGCUACCGACGCUGCCGUGGGGUUGGCAUGGCUAGGCCAGCUCUGCACCGAGGGCUCUUCACCCAAUGGGAAUGACACUACAGCCGGCGCCAAUGUUGUUGUACGCACCAAUACGGAAUGGCAGGUCUUCGCUCAUGAGACUGGUCACACAUUCGGCGCUUAUCACGACUGUACGCAAACGACUUGUGUAGACGGCACUCGGGAUGAUAACCAGUGUUGCCCCUUGACUACUUCCACCUGUGAUGCAGGUGGAACAUACAUCAUGAAUCCAUCAACAGGUCCUGGUCUUAUGCAAUUCUCGCCAUGCACCAUUGGUAAUAUUUGCUCUGCAAUGUAUCGCAACAGUGUAAAUUCGCAAUGCCUCAGCGACAACAAAAACGUGGUAACUAUAUCUGGUAGUCAGUGUGGCAAUGGUAUAGUAGAACAAGGAGAAGACUGCGAUUGUGGUGGCGCAACUGGCUGUGCAGGGAACUCUUGCUGCGAUCCCGACACGUGCAAAUUCACCGCCAACUCUGUAUGUGACUUUGCAAAUGAAGAUUGUUGCACUCGACAAUGUCAAUUUGCUUCCAACGGGACAGUUUGUCGAGACAGCAGCGGCACCUGCGAUCCACAGGAAACCUGUAGCGGUACCUCGGCGACAUGCCCGUCAGACGUCAAGGCUCCAGACGGCCAGGCUUGUGGCGCGGACGGGGAAGGCCUAAAGUGUGCCUCUGGACAGUGCACAUCUCGCGAUCUACAAUGCCAGACCCUAGUUGGUGGGCUAACGAACAGCAACGACUUAAAGGCCUGUGACGGAAGUACGUGCCUAGUGCGCUGCAAGGGCUCAAACUCGGCACCGGGUGUAUGUGAAGGCAUACAGCAUUACUUUCUAGACGGCACACCCUGCGAAGGUGACGGCCAUUGCGAUAACGGCACUUGCAAAGGAGCCAGCUUCAGCGAUAAAGUCGCGCGCUUCUUCCGUGAUAAUAAGGAUAUAAUAAUUCCAGUCGCGGCAGUUGUCGGUGGGCUCAUCGUACUCGCAAUCGCAGGUUGUUGUUGCUCCCGUAUAAGGCGCAGAUCGCGCGUCAGGAAGCUGGCACGGAAAGGGCAGCCAAGCAGCAGUUGGGUUGGUGGUGGCGUCCCUGCAAAUAACGGCUGGGGCAUGCCUCCUCCUCCUCCUAUGGCCUAUGGUGCGAACGGUCGACGAGGGAACCAAUGGAGUGGACAGCAACAGCAAGCUUGGGGGCCACCGCCGAGAUCGAACCUGGCUCGAUAUGCAUAGUAUUACACAAUCCAUGAAACACAAAAGGUGUCUGGGACCGGCAUAUAAGUGUUUAGAGGGAUAUAUGGGACUAGCAUGGAAUGGUUUUGAAUAUUCUGGAGGAAUCAAUUAGCAUUCUCCAUGGCAUGGCGUUGGUGGUUAUGUUGUCUCAGUCCUGAAUUCAGGACGAUAUGUUAUCUGGCGCAUUACGACAUUUUUCUUCUUGGGUUUAGUUUUGGAUUAGGAUCUGCGCCUCCACUUAUAAGGCCGUAUAUAACGCACUGGCAUGUUAUGAACUGUACAGCAUUUUAGCUUGUUCGGAUUCUCGCAAGACACACACACCUUUGCCUUGGGGGCUUUUUGGCGGUCCUUGGAAUGAGGAUACAGUGAAGGUAUACAUAGCUACAUAUAUA